ACGAGCAUUACUGUUGGAUACUGGCCGAGGUGUUCCGAUUGAGUGUUAUGUACCGAUAACGACGGGUUGAAAUUAUUUAGCGUUCCUUACAUAAUUGCAUAAGAAACAGAAAAUGGAAGAAUACGCACGUGAUCCUUGCCCCUGGCGUAUAGUGGAUGACUGUGGUGGGGCUUUCUCUAUGGGGGCCAUCGGUGGCAGUGUCUUCCAUCUCAUCAAGGGCUACCGGGAAGCUGCCAAAGGAAAGAAGCUAUAUGGUAGUAUCAAUAACAUGAAAUUAAAGGCACCAAUCACUGGAGGUAACUUUGCAGUGUGGGGGUGUUGUUUCGCUGCCACCGAGUGCACACUGGUUUAUGUUCGUAAGAAGGAGGAUCCCUGGAACUCCAUAGCCAGUGGCUUCAUCACAGGAGGAGUGCUGGCAGCAAGAAAUGGCGUUGGUGCAUGUUUAGUUUCAGCAACAAUAGGUGGUGUAUUAUUAGCAAUGAUAGAAGGAAUAGGCAUUUUGAUGACCCGGGCCACAGCCAGUCAGUUUGAUCCAUCUAACAUCCAAUUUGUGGAGGACCCUAGCCAGCUCCCCCAGAAGCCUUCUACUGACCCCACCUCCCCCCAGCCGCCAGUAGGAUUUGGAAUGACCCAGCCCCAUUACCAAUGACAGGGGGACAACUCUAGCAGCAACCACACAUAGACUACAUUACCUCCCCUACAGUACACUCACUGUGCUGCAGCAUUAGGAUAAUUAUGUUCUCUCUAGGAGAGGACUUACUUUAAGAUUUAGAGAAGAAAUUACCUGUUUCCAUUCAUCUAAGUGAUAUUCAUUAUAUUAAUAUGAGCUUGUACAUCACUUCAUCAGUUCAUGUAAGUGUCUUAUCAAAUGACACAAGCUUAAUGGUGUUGCUAGGGUUAUGUAUCAUCUAAAGUGCUGGCCGCAUGUCUCUGUUGAUAGAAAGUGUGACUUGCAGCACCUUGUGCUGGGCAAGUGCAGUUUGUAGUGUGUCCAGCUACCAUUGUUAAUACUGUUACUGUAGCAUGAACAUACAGGGUCCUGGCAGAACGCAGACAGGGCUCAUUCUGGGACAGGGGCUCAUUCUGGGAACCUGGAAGGUCCUGGUUGAACACAGACAGGGGCUUAUUCUGGGAACAUUGAAAGGUUUUCAUGUAUUAUAGUAUAAAUGAGUUUUGUGUAUGUUGCAGUGUAGAUUAUUUAAGAAUAAAACUUGUUAUUUGAAGCCAUUUUAAAAUUGUUUGGGAUAUUGUUUGGAGCUCAUGUUACAGGUUAUUAACUGCACAGAAAUCUGUUCUCUGUUUCUUUUCAAAUGUUAAUUAUAUAAAACAAUAUUUUAAAUGCAUCAAGAAGUGAUAAAUAUGUUAAUAAUUUAAUUUGCUAUUUUUAAAGCAUGUUAAAUGUAAUCUAUAUAAUUUGAAUAUUGUUGUUUGUAUGACUAUGAAAUAAAUUUGUAAAAUUAA